CUGCAUAUCAAGUUCAUGCAUUUAAGUACCUUUGUGGUUAUCGUUUCAACCAAGAACGACACACAGCCACCAAGCUCUCAAAGCUCCUGUAAGAGAGAGAAGGAAACGAUGUCGUUUGAGGAGACAGAGCUGAGGCUGGGGUUGCCUGGAAAUGGAAGAGAAAUGGCCAGGAAGAGAGGAUUCCAUGAAACAGCAGCUGAAACAAUGAUAACAAUGGCAGAGUUGAAGUUAGAAGCAUCCUAUGGGUUGGAUCCAAAUCCCAAGCCCCCUCCACCCAAGGGACAGGUUGUGGGGUGGCCACCAAUAAGGUCAUACAGAAAGAACAGAUUGAGCCUCCAAAAGGGCACCACAUCUGAGGAUGAAAUAAUUAGUGAUGAACAGAAGAAUAUUGGGAACGCAGCAGCAGCAGUCAGGUUCGUGAAGGUUAGCCUUGAUGGAGCACCUUAUCUUCGCAAAGUGGACUUCAGCAGGUACAGCAGCUACAAACAACUCUCUGAUGCCCUCGCCAAACUCUUUGGCCCUUUCACCAUUGGAAACUGUGGAUCCCAAGCAGCUGGGAUGAAAGAUUUCAUGAAUGAAAGCAAGCUAAUAGAUCUUUUAAAUGGCUCUGAUUAUGUUCCAACCUAUCAAGACAGGGAUGGUGAUUGGAUGCUGGUUGGUGAUGUUCCAUGGCAGAUGUUUGUUGGAUCUUGCAAGCGUCUACGCAUAAUGAAAGGAAAAGAAGCCGUUGGACUUGCACCAAGGGCUGUAGAGAAGUGCAAGAACUACAAAGGCUAACUUCACCUAUAAUGUUUCAAAUUAAUAUGGUCUGGUUUUGAGGACAGAUGGGUCGGUGUCUUUAUAUUAUCCAAAGAUAGCUAAUGGGGUUGGUUGGAAUGAAUUAUGUCAAAUUGGGAGAUUAAUUUGUAUGUAUAUUUAAAUUAGAUAUAAUGUAUAAUGUAUCUUUGUGCGUAUACAAUAUGGCCUACUUCUGUAGUAAUUAAAUUGCUUUGUGUGUUUAUGUGAAGUUGGUCUUUUCAUUC